UUAACCGAAAUGUACCGAAGUAAGCCGAAGUGUUUCGAGUUCACCCCGCUUACCCGAGGACCCGAGCCGAGAGAGGCUCGUUUUCGCUCCCCCUUCUCACCGCCACCUCUUCAAUCCAGUGUCUCCCGGUUCUCCUCGUAUUCUCGUAAUCCGGUGUUCACCUCGCGCAAGUGCGAUGCAUCGGAACGAGACGUGAUGCGAGUGAUGCGACGCGCGUGCCCGUCACGUCCGCUCCCACACAGUCGUCCGUACUCGGUCGUCUGAAUUAGUCUGAAAUCUGACUCCCCGAAAUAUGUAAAUACGCGGUCGCGUGCGCGCGCUCACGUAUUGUCGGCGUUCGAUUCUCGUUCGAGUUUCACGUGUCUUUCCGCCGCGUCGCGAAUCGCGGGGCUGACAAUAGUGACAAUCCACUUAAUCGCGACUCUACCUUAAGUGUCCGCGGCCGCCGCGUCGAGCCGAUGUCGGAGGUGCGCAAGAGAACGACUGUCGGCGACGCGACGUCGUCGGCGGCAGCGUCGCGGGACGUUAGCGAUGAUCAGAAAGAAGAUGUUGAAUCUGAAGACGAUGCGAAAUUGGAGGUGGAGGACUUGGCGAAAACUUUACCUCAAGGAACUGACCAUACCCCGCACAUUUUAAGUUCCAUUCUUUCCGGUCUUCCAGAUCGUUGGCGAAAUUGGAUAAUUAGAACUAUUUUCACUUGGUUUAUGAUAGCCGGGUUUUGUCUCAUUAUUUAUGGGGGUCCGUUGGCAUUGAUGAUUACAACGUUGAUUGUGCAAGUAAAAUGCUUCGAAGAGAUUAUUAAUAUUGGAUACGCUGUAUAUAGAAUCCAUGGUCUACCAUGGUUCAGAUCUUUAUCAUGGUAUUUUUUGAUUACCUCGAAUUACUUUUUCUAUGGGGAAAAUUUAAUGGACUAUUUUGCAGUGGUGAUUAAUCGAACGGGAUAUCUACGUGUGCUUGUUACAUACCAUCGAUUUGUCUCAUUCUGUCUUUAUAUCGUUGGCUUUGUAUGGUUUGUACUCUCCCUCGUGAAAAAAUAUUAUAUGAAGCAAUUCUCCUUAUUUGCUUGGACGCAUGUCGCGUUACUUAUUGUCGUGACACAGAGCUAUCUCAUUAUCCAGAAUAUAUUCGAAGGAUUGAUAUGGUUCAUCGUACCUGUCAGUAUGAUUGUCAUAAACGAUGUGAUGGCAUACAUGUUUGGCUUCUUUUUUGGACGAACGCCAUUAAUAAAAUUGUCCCCGAAAAAGACUUGGGAGGGCUUUAUCGGUGGCGGUAUUUCAACUGUCAUACUUGGAUUACUGAUGUCCUACAUUAUGUGUCAGUACCGCUAUUUCGUCUGUCCUAUCGAGUACAGCGAAGCUCUGGGAAGAAUGACUAUGGAUUGUGAACCGUCGAGCUUGUUCCAACCACAAGAAUAUACUUUGCCAAGUAGUUUUCAAGUGAUAUCAAGAAUGUUAAAUGGAAAAUCUACCUUGACGGUGUAUCCAUUUAUGCUACAUUCGUUGUCGUUGUCAAUAUUCAGCUCUGUAAUUGGUCCAUUUGGAGGAUUCUUUGCUAGCGGAUUCAAACGAGCGUUCAAGAUUAAGGACUUCGGUGAUGUAAUCCCCGGCCAUGGUGGAAUAAUGGAUAGAUUUGAUUGUCAGUAUUUAAUGGCAACAUUCGUGAAUGUCUAUAUUUCUUCAUUUAUUCAUACUGCAUCACCUCAAAAGCUAUUACAGCAGGUUUACAGCCUGAAGCCAGAACAACAGUUGCAACUUUUCCAAACGCUAAGAGAUUCGUUGGAAAAUAGGGGUAUGCUAAACUAAUAUUUUAAAUAAAAUUAAUAUUUUUUAAGUUGAAAUAUGUAUUUAAUAGCAAAACUGCUGCAGGGAUUAUUUUUACCUAUUAGAAGAUGUUAGAAAAGAUUUCCCGUCUCUUCUAAUAUUUCAGCAGAUGUUAUACACAGAUGACAAUGCAAUUAGUAUCAAAUAAUUAUAAUAAUUUGUUAAACUGU